AUGGGAAUUAUCUAUCUCUCAACUAACAACUUAAGCAUACAUCAAUGGUUUGUACUGGCAAAGGUCGAAAGUCAGAUAUCCCGAGGAGAUUGGGUCCCUGAACCUGGAGAAGAUUCGUUGACAGCAGUGUUAGGAAGAGAGCAUCCAGAUCGGACUAGGGCAGUUGGUCACAUUGUUGGCUUGAGAAAAGCCAUGCACGGGAUAGAUAAAAAGAAGAGGAAAAUGCAUGGCAAAGAAUCUAUGGGUGAGUUGCGCGCCAAGUUGGAUGAAGUUACAAAACAAGUGGCAGAGUUAAAGGCAGUGAUACAUGACUCUAGGAAGCAAGUCAUGGACAGUGUGAGCCUGAGAGUUCAUAAUAGUAGUUCUAUCUCGAUGCUAACCUUGGCUGUUAUAACGAACCCCACUCAGUGUAAAUUGGUGUUACCAUAUGGAGCACUGGAUCAGAAUUGUGCUACUGGCUUGGUCUUUCCGUAUGGGGAUGGGUUAAUACACUCACUCCCUUUGCGUGAAAAUCACAUGAAAGUGUUAAUAUACCAAAUCAACAAAGACUUUCAGAGUCUUCCUAUUCCUGUAGUGACCGGUGAAGUCAAUAAUCUUCAAAAUGCAGUUGGCCAAAUAAUUCAAUGGCCACGAAAUGCUAUUAUUCUGACUCAGAUUCAAGGAAGAAAGCAACAAAAUUUGACUCCAAGUUUGCCACCAACCAGUGUAGGGGGUUCUAUAAGAAAGAACACACUCACUCCAAUGAACAAAUCGAAGCCAAUUGAAUUACUACCACAUGAUGAAAUUCUUCAAUUGUUGAACAAAAGAACACUUGAUGUUACCAUUCUAACUGUUUGGGAGAUGAAUCUACAUUCCAUUGCACGUGUGAAGAACAAAUGUUCUUUCCUAAACCCACAUAAUAUUCUUGGGGAAAGUUGCCAAGAAAACCCGGAAGCUGUCAUAAAUUACAUUGUUGAUGUGAUGCGGAUUCAUCAAGGAAAACAAUUUCUCAUUGCUCCAUAUCUGCAAAGGGCUUUUGCAAGGUAUGGGAAAUACACAUCAAAUCCAAUCAGUUGGAUGCUCGUCGAGUGCAACCAACAACCGGGCGAUUGGGAAUGCGGCUAUUAUGUAAUGAAAUGGAUAAUGGAUUUUGUGAUGGUUGAACACAACGGAUUCUUGAGUAGAGUAAGUGUCACACCCCAAAACCACGAAUGGAGGAAACGUUCAGGGGUGGAGGAUAUCAUGUACAGUAUCUCAACAGUGUAA